CGUUAUUCGCGCCGGGCGGAAGCGAGCGUACGUCGUGACGCUACGAAAGACGCCCGAUAUAUCGGAAGUGGAAGUAUACCGCGCCGGCCUAAAACGGUUUCCUUUUCACUCGGCUGAGAUCCUCUCCCUUUCCGUCGUAAGACACGUCGUCGAGUAUCGUAGUUCCGUCUUCAAUAUCGUUCGGAUUAAUCGCAAAAAACUGACGAUGUCUUCGGUUAUGUAUGAAUCCUUGGGCGCCAAGGUUGCCAUGUUUAACCAGUAUGCCAGCAAGCACAAGGAUAAACAAAGCAAGAACCCAUUCACGUCCGGCUUGAACAUCGAGAAGCCGAGAUUCUCCAAGGAGGAAUAUGGCAGGCCAGAAGCAGGCUCUUUGUCCGAUCUCCGUGGCCGCAAGGCAAAUGCCCACGUGCUGAAGGAGAUUCUGGAGCUCUGCGAGAUCAUUAAUCAGGAGGGUACACCUUGUCGGGACCAACCCGACGUAAUCGGCAUCACGUUCGGCGACAUCUUCAACAUUUACACCAAUAUCAGUAACAAGUGCGUGGGACUGCUGUUGAGGGCGAGGAAACAGAAGUACUUGGAAUUCGAGGGCGAGUGUCUCUUCCAGAGGAGAGACGACAACGUGCCAAUAUUCCUGGUGAAACCUGUCGAAGAAAUCCGUGAGGAGUAUAAUCAGCGGUUAGAAGAGAUCAGGAAAGAUAGUUAAUGCGAAUCACGUUUAUCCCUGCGAAUUUUGCCUGUGCCCGAAGCGAUGACAUUCGUGACUGCGACCGGUCGAGACCGGUCGGUCUACAUUAUUCGUCUGUAUUUUAUAAUAACGCAAUUAUCCAUCCAUAGUGUAUACUUUGCGUGUACUUGCGUGUACUUAACUCGUCGGGUUUUGUAUGUAAAUAAAUGAGCGUGACUCGAUGUAAAUAAUUCGCCGCUGGUGUGAUUGGGAUACGUUAAUGCGACAAACAUGUUAGAGCGACAAAUAGUAUAAUUUUUACAGUACAUUCUGUUAGGACGUUGUCAACUUUGUAAAUAUCCAGCGUGUAAUAAACGACUGAUGUAUCUUCCGUA